CUCAAACAGCGCCCGGCUUUACUGGCGAUUGCAUGAAAGUUGUAAAGGCCGGCUUAGCCUCCAUCGGAAGAAUUAGUUACGCCCCGGUUCACCCCAACAUCCUCUCUCACAAACCACCAUGUCCGCACAAGCUGAAGCACCUCCUUCGCUACCUCUCGUGGUCUCGAAGCCCAAGAAGCAACCCUACCCCUUCUACCUCGGUGGUCUUGCAGCAACAAUUGCUGCUUCCAUCACUCACCCUCUUGACCUUACCAAGGUCCGCCUUCAAGCGUCGGGUGACAAGGGUAUGAUAAACUCCAUAAAGAAGACUGUCGGCACUGCCGGCGUCCGGGGGCUCUUCGAUGGAAUCACUGGAACAUGGAUGCGCCAGAUGAGCUACAGCUUGUGUCGCUUUUGGGCAUACGAUGAGAGCAAGAAGCUCUUGGGAGCGACUCCACAAAGCCCUGCAUGGGUUCUCGCCACAGCAGGUGUCAUGGCUGGCUCCAUCGCGGGUGUCGUCGGUAAUCCUGGUGAGGUCGUUAUGGUCCGUCUACAAGGAGACUUCGCAAAACCACCCGAAAAGCGGUUCAAUUAUAAGCACUGCUUCGACGCAUUGUUCAGAAUGGUCCGCGAGGAGGGCCCAUCAUCGCUAGCGCGAGGUGUGGGCCCAAAUGUCUUCCGGAGUAUCUUAAUGAAUUCCAGUCAAUUGGCUUCAUACGACUUCUUCAAGGCUGAGCUCUUGAAGACGAAGUAUUUUGAUGACAACAUUGCUUGUCAUUUUACAGCCAGUUUUGCAGCAGGAACGGUUGCAACAACUGUUUGCUCACCUGCAGACGUGCUAAAGAGCCGUAUCAUGAACGCUUCUGGGCCUGGAUCGAGCUCGACGCUUGGAGUGAUCCGCUCCUCUCUAGCAACCGAAGGUCCGAUGUUCAUGUUUAAAGGUUGGCUCCCCGCAUGGUCGCGUCUCCAGCCUACCACAAUAUUGAUUUUCUUAACCCUCGAGCAACUGAAAAAGGUCGUCGAUUGGAAGCGCGGAUCGUUAUAAAAUUGAUCACGACCUGGCCCUUUUGGAUAGUCAAAAUGUUUGAACUUGUCGCCUGGAGGGACCAUGUGUGCGAUACCACGCAUAGAUUUAUCCUGGAGAUAUCAUUCAGUGGAAGUACUGUUAGGUGAUGAUCUUUGAUUGUUAAGCGCUUGCUAGAUUAUAUCGUUGCGCAACGCUGUGAUUUUGUAUUUUACUUUAGUUGCCUGC